AGAAGGGUGAGGGGAGAGAGAGGGAGACAGAGAGUGGAGAGAGCGAGUGUGUGUGUGAGAGAGCGGGGAGAGGGUGGGAAGGGGGAGGAGAGAGAGAGAAGGGGAUCACAGCUGAACAGCCGUGCUCCGAUGUCCCACAGCCUCUCCUCUCUUGCAAAGUGGGUCGGGACAAGGACAGAUGAUUUACCCAAAUACGGGCGGAUUUAAAACCCUCCCCGACGAGGUCUCGCUGCCCAGCGCCACUCUCAUCUGACAAGCAGCUCCCUUUCGUCGUUUUGAAAGGAAGAGUUUUAUUUACACACAUAUAUAUAUAUUUUUGUUAAAGCUGGGGGGUUAGAAGGAGUUCAAUGUCUCUUCCAAUUUCACCCCCAGAGUCAUUAACACAUUGAAUAGACGGGUUAUUUUUUGUUUUCUCUGCAUCGAAUCUUAUAAGGAAUGAUACCGAGAAAAGUCUCCGGAACAAGCCAGAGGAUUAUAUAUUUUAUACAGGAUUGGACAAGUGAUUUUUAAAUCGAUUUGUAUUGGUGUCGAGGGGAGAGAUUCGCCCGCAAUGUUGCUUAUGGGGAUUUAUUUAGCGUUGACACUUAUUGAUGGAUUGUGGAAGGUGGAAGGGGCUCACAGUGACUGCCUACAGGCCAGUGAAACCUGCAUCAGUGACCCCAGGUGCAGCUCCAAGUACCGGACAUUCCGCCAGUGCAUGGCCGGCAGCAGUGCAGCCCCGCUCGGCCCCGGGGCCAAGAACCAGUGCAUGAAAGCAAUGGUGUCACUCCUCUCCAGCCCACUGCACAACUGCAAGUGCAAGCGAGGCAUGAAGAGGGAGAAAGUCUGUCUCGGCAUCUACUGGAGCCUUCAUCAGAGCAUGUCACGAGGGGAGGAGACGGACGACAGCUCACCCUACGAGCCCAGCAAGCGAGGAUAUGACUAUGCCAGACUGGCCUCCAUCACAGCAGGGUCUGAUGUAGGUGUGACACGGGCCAACCGUUGCCUGGAUGCGGCCAAGGCCUGCAACGUGGACGAGUCGUGCCAGAGGCUGCGGACUGAGUACGUGUACUCCUGCAUCAAGCCCUCCAGCAACACGGAGACCUGCAACCGCCUCAAGUGCCACAAAGUCCUGCGCAAGUUCUUUGACCGCGUCCCCGUCGAGUUCACGCACGAGCUGCUCUUCUGCCCCUGUGAGGACACGGCGUGUGCCGAGCGCAGGAGGCAGACGAUUGUCCCAUCCUGCUCUUACUACGUCAAGGAGAAGCAGAACUGCCUGUCGCUGCUGGAGUCCUGCAAGGUCGACGUUGUCUGCAGAUCGAGGCUAGCAGACUUCCAAACACGCUGUCAGCCCUCCACACAGUCGGCGAGCGGCUGCCUCAGGGAGAACUACGCUGCGUGUCUGCUCUCCUACACCGGCGUUAUAGGUACUGUGAUUACCCCAAACUACAUUGACAAUUCAAGCUCGAACGUGGCACCCUGGUGCACCUGCAGCGGCAGCGGAAACAACCGGGAGGACUGCGAGAGCUUCCUCAAUCUCUUCACGGAUAACACCUGCCUCAAGAAUGCGUUUCAAGCAUUCGGGAAUGGGACAGACCUUAACACCGGCUCCAGCAGUCACCACUCCACUUCCCAGACGUGGCUGAACAAACACAUAAACAGCACGGAGAUGUCACACCGGGAAGCAAAUGCGCUCAGUCCGUUACUACCCACACAGGCGGCUGAUGAACGGCUGCUGUGGAAGGAGUCGAGGCCGAGCCGGGCAGCCUCUGAGGCGCUGGGCCAGGCAUCGGCCUCGGGCUCGGCCUGCGACCACCAUCUGCUCUGGAGCCUGCCGCUCGCCGCCCUGCUCUUACCGCCGAGGAUGUGAGGGAAGAGGUGAGGCAGUGGCUCCAGGCCCAUCACCCCACCCCCUCCACCCACCCUGCUACCCCCCCUCCAUCAUCGCCCGCUCCACACUCACCCCCUCUCCGGGGUCCAGCCGGACAUUUUACACCAAGGGCGCCAGAGGUUUGCCGUCGUCACCGUUGCCAUCACCAUCGCCGCCGCCGCCGCCUGAGGGGAAGAUCACGAGGACUGACCAACGGUCGGGGGGGAAGGGGUGACGGGGGAAGGAAAAACGGACAUCACAUCACAGCAGGAGAAGCCAAUUAACUGUGUACAUUGCCUGGGGAAGCCAUUUACCGACACAUAUUUCUGGGGGGAGGGGUGUGGGGGGGGGAAGCCAUUUUGUGAUGCACAUUGCUGGGAUAUGAGGGGGACCUCCCUUCACAAAUAUGGCGGCACUUUGGUGGGAUACGGGUUCAUGGCAGCACGAUGCUCGGGUACUGGGGUUACGGAGGCACGUUGCUAGGAUACGGGGGUCAUGCGGACAAGUUGCUAGGAUAGGGGUUCAUGGUGGCGCGUUGGCGGGAUACGGGGAAGCACGGCGACAUGUUGCUAAGAUAAGGGGGUCCUCCCUUAGCAACCAAUGCGGAACGUUGCCGGGAUACGGGAGUCAUGAAUGCAUCUUGCCGGGAUACAGGGGUCAUGGAUGCACGUUGCCGGGAUACAGGGGUCAUGGAUGCACGUUGCCGGGAUACAGGGGUCAUGGAUGAACGUUGCCGGGAUACAGGGGUCAAGGAUGAACGUUGCCGGGAUACAGGGGUCAUGGAUGAACGUUGCCGGGAUACAGGGGUCAUGGAUGCACGUUGCCGGGAUACAGGGGUCAUGGAUGCCCGUUGCCGGGAUACAGGGGUCAUGGAUGCACGUUGCCGGGAUACAGGGGUCAUGGAUGCACGUUGCCAAGAUACGGGGACCUCCCUCAGCAACAAGAUCGUCUCCUUAAAGCCGGGUUCCAAGUAUCCAUCGUCAAGCAGCAGCUGUGCCCUGGGUUUCCAUUAAACAGGUUUCAAAGACAAUUCAUUACCAAGAUCCAGUUUCUGUGCCCAUAAGCUUCUGUGCCCAUAUUGUACUGUUCAAGGUCGGAUUUCACUGAUACAUUUAUUAUAAAUAGUUGUAAAGAGUAGAGAAUGGAUCUAACGCCUUAUUACCUGAGUCUGGUUUUAAGGAACUUUUGCAUUCAAUGGGAGCUCAAUGCAUUUAUUUUUAACCAGUUGUCAUUUAAUUCCAUCUUUAAGAGUUAACAGUUAGUCCUCGCAACCACAGGAAAUUUGGUGGGAGGUUGCGUUUUUUGUUUGUUCAACGCAGAGCCUUUCAAACGUCAGUGAUCUUGAACAGGGACUGGUGCACACUUGGCAAUUGCUUGCAAAUCUUUUGUCUCCUACCUUCGGGAAGAAUCCUUCCUGACUCCCAUCCACGUCUUUAGUCUGGAAAUGCAGCAUCCCAAAGAAAGAUAAAUGCAAACAGGUGUAGGAGAACUCAGCAUGUCAGACAGCACCUGUGGGAAGAGAAAUGGCCAACGUUUCAGGUCCAGGACUCUUCAACAGAAACAUUAACCGCAGAUGCUGCCUUACCCACCGAACAUCACUCAUGUUUUCUGUGCUUGUUUCACAUUUCCAGGGUGUGCAUGGUUUGCGUUGGUUUCCAAAGACUGAUUCUGCUCACUGUAAACAUUGCCCCUGGGAAUAUUGAUUUCUCUAACUUCAAGUAACCCCGGCAUUCCCUCUCUCUCUACCCCUCCCUCACCCAAGUCGCACCAGCUUCUCGUUUACACCCAACAAACAGCCAACGAUGACCGGUUUCCUUUAUCAGCGUUACUUUUUUACUUAUCUUUCAUGCGUUGUUCUUUGUCUCUCUACAUCAUCGCCUAUAUCUCUCAUUUUCCUUAUCCCAAACCAGUCUGAAGAAGGGUCUCGACCUGAGACGUCACCCAUUCCUUCUCUCCAGAGAUGCUGCCUUUCCCACUGAGUUACUCCAGCUUUUUGUGUCUAUCCCCUGGUGUUUAGGUGGGUGGGAGGAGAAUUGAAUAAGGGAGCUUUUGGGUAUAUGUGAAAGAGGGAAAUGGGAUUGUUCUGAGAAUUGGGAUACAUCUGAUGGGUUGCAUGUGGCAGAGUGGUGCAGCGAUAAGAGUUGCUGCCUUACAAUAGCAAUGACCUGGGUUCGAUCCUGACUGCUGGUUCUGUCUGUAAGGAGUUUGUACGUUCUCUCUGUGACUGCGUGGGUUUUCUCCAGGUGCUCCAGUUUCCUCCCACACUCCAAAGAAGUACAGGUUUGUAGUUACAAUUAUGCAAAUGUUGGUUAAGUGGGUUUGGUUAAGAAAAAAAUGGUAUAUUGUCCCGAGUGUGUAGGAUAGUGCUAGUGUAUGGGGUGAUCACUGGUUGGCGUGGCUGAAGGUCUGUUUUCACACUGUAUGUCGAAAGUCUAAAGUAAAACGCUAAAGUCUAAAAAACGUGAAAAAAACGAAAACGUAAUAUAAGGGGAUGCAUCGCAUAUGCCACAUAUAUUUAUUA